AUGCUGUUGACAUUUCAACGAUGUUGUAUAGCUUUCGUCUUAACUAUUUAUUUAAUAACGAUUGAUAGUCAAUUAGUUGAUAAUUCUGAUCGGAAAUUAUCUAUUACACUUGCUAAUUAUCGUCAUCGAUUUGAAAGAUCAAUGAAUUUUAAAAAAUUACGAUGGACAGUGGAUAAUUUAAAUAGCACAGCCAUAUGUGACGCCUGUGAUCUUCUCGUACCUGAAAUGCGAUUUCUUAUUAAAAUUCAUCGAUCAGAAUUAAUUGAUGAUGUUGCUAUUCGAUUUUGUAAAUUAUAUAAAUUACUUGAUGAAAAUGUUUGCCUUGGUGCUGUAAAUGAAUAUAAAAAUGCCGUCAUAGAAGUUCUUGCAAUGUCUCCUCUGACAAAUAAAGACCUUUGCUCAUUAGCAUUCGAAUGUCCAAAAUCUCCAUAUGCUCCAGUAAUUACUUGGAAUGUGACAUUUCCUAAUAAACCAAAACCAAUACCUCAACCACCACAACCACCUACACCGGGAUCACCAAAAUUAAAUAUUCUUCAUUUAUCGGAUGUUCAUGUUGAUUUUGCUUAUAAACCAGGAUCUCAAGCCGAUUGUUCUCAACCACUAUGUUGUCGACAAGGUCUACCUAAACCUGGUCAUACAGGCGCUGGUUUCUGGGGUGAUUAUCGAAAUUGUGAUAUUCCUUAUUGGACAGCAGAAGCAAUACUACAAUACGCUGCUGAAUUAGAAAAUGUAGAUUUCAUCUAUUAUACAGGUGAUUUACCAGCUCAUAAUGUAUGGAAUCAAUCUCGUGCAGAUCAACUCUAUUCUAUCAAUACUAUCAAUAAUAUGCUAGCAAAAAUAUUUCCUAACAAAACAAUCUAUUCAGCUGUUGGUAAUCAUGAAGCUGCUCCAUGUAAUCUAUAUCCAACACCGAAUAUUAAGACAGAUAACAUAACAUGGUUAUACGAAGUAUUAGCUGAUAAUUGGAUAAGAUUUGGUUUAUCAGAAGAUAC